AACAAACCCCCAGCAAACCGAGCGCGGAGAUGGACGCGCAGCUGAACAUUCGUGAUUAGACGGUUGUGAAAUGUGAAAAGCUUUUGAUUAAGGGAGGCGGGCACUGUGAUCUUCCGCCGCCAUUUUUGCUAGCAACCGACUUGCCUGGUAAAACCGACUACUGUGGUUCAAAGCCGCUUGACCCACAAUACACACUCGCAACCGCUAGGAACGAUUAUAUAAUGGAGGAGGAAGUGGACUACGAAGUAUUACCCACCACUUCGGUGGCGACCAACAUGCUCGCCGGUGCCCUGGCGGGGAUUACAGAGCACACGGUCAUGUACCCUCUGGAUAGUGUGAAGACACGUAUGCAAGUGCUAUCCCCCUCGCCGCAAGCGAUCUACACAGGUGUUGCGAACGCAUUAUCGCGUAUCUCGACUGCUGAAGGCGCAUCCACCUUAUGGCGGGGAGUUACCUCGGUGAUUGUGGGAGCUGGUCCUGCCCACGCACUGUACUUCGCAACAUAUGAGAAGUGCAAGGAAGUCUUCUCAUCGAAAGACAAUAUUCACAACCACCUUGCUCACGCUGGAGCAGGUGCAUGCGCAACGAUAGUAAGCGAUGGGUUGAUGAACCCAUUCGAUGUCAUCAAGCAGCGGAUGCAGGUUCAUGGUUCGACGUACCGGGGGGUAGUGGAAUGCGGGCUGGAUAUCAUGCGGAAGGAGGGUCUCGCAGCGUUCUACAUAUCCUAUCCGACGACUCUGAUGAUGACUGUGCCCUUCCAAGCGGUACAUUUCUCGACAUACGAGUACUUCCGCAAAAUUCUGAACCCGAAGGGAGGGUAUGACCCAAAGACGCACAUUGCAUCAGGGGCGAUCGCGGGCGCUGCCGCCGCUGCGAUCACGAAUCCUUUGGACGUAGCAAAAACGUUGCUGCAAACGAGAGGUGCUGCGUCGGAUACGAAAGUGCGGCAGGCGUCGGGCAUGAUCGACGCCUUCAAGCUGAUAUAUACGAGGAAUGGAUUGGCUGGAUUCACGAUGGGUGCAAAAGCAAGGAUGCUUUCGCACAUGCCAGCAACGGCGAUUUGUUGGACCACCUACGAGUUCCUGAAAAUGGUACUUUCGAAACAGCCGGGCUUUGCAAACGAGCCUAUCGUCACGCCCGUUAACCCAUCGUCAUGAGGAACUGAGCAUUUGGAGGGAACAGGAAAGAGGGACAUAAUCGGCGUUUUCCUUUGCAUCUGCAUACCACCACCCGCAUCACCCUUAUAGAUAGGUCAUCACAUGGCAGAGGGGUUCGGAUCCACAUUACAUAGCACACCAUAGCAUAGACUAGUCAUACGGGAAAUGCGCCGAUUUCGCUGCAGGGGCGGUGCUCUCCGGUCCACCCUGUUUUUGGGGAUCCCCUUUCUCUCGCGGACGGCAUCCCGGUUGUGGCAACCCUCUUCUCAUUCUCUCGUUGUGCAUAUUUAAUCGAUGGGUUUCGCGAAGAAGGAAACGUGAG